AUGGUCAAUGGCAUGGGCGUAGAACGCGAAAAACGUAUAAAAGUAGCGGCUCCCGAUGAAAUCACAAGCAUGACCGGCGACGAGAAACACUGGGAAUCAGAGGCACUCUCCCUAAGGAGAAUCGCCUUCACCGGCGUGGCCCUUUCCACCGUGGCCACACUCGUCUGUGUGAUCUCCGUGCCCAUGCUCUACAACUACAUGCAGCACAUGCAGUCGGUCAUGCAGAACGAGGUCGACUUCUGCAAAUCCCGCUCUGGAAACAUCUGGAGAGAAGUCACCCGCACUCAGGUGCUCGCUGGAUCAACCAGGAAAGCCCGUCAGGCCGGAGGUGGAUGCUGCGGAUGUGGUGUCUCUCCAGCUGGACCACCCGGACCACCUGGACAAGACGGACAACCCGGAUCAGAUGGCCAGCCUGGACAACCUGGUAGAGAUGGACCUGAUGGACCACCAGCAACGCCAGCUCCUGAUGUCACCCAUGCUUCAACUGCCCAGCUGGUCCUCCCGGCCCAGCUGGAAACCCAGGAGGCAGAGGAACACCAGGAAAUCCUGGAUCUGACGGUCAGCCCGGAGGCGCUGGAAACCCAGGAGGUGCAGGUCCCCCUGGACCACCAGGCGCCACCCGGAAACGAUGGCCAGCCCGGAAACCCAGGAGCUCCAGGAGCCCCAGGAACGCUCAACCAAGGGCCCGGCUCACAAGGACCACCCGGACCACCUGGACCCCAAGGACCUCCUGGACCCGAUGGUCAACCUGGAAGCCCUGGAAACCCAGGACAAGAUGGUGGACCUGGACAGCCUGGAGAUAAUGGUCAACCUGGAGCCCCAGGACAGCCCGGUGGCAACGGAAAUGACGGAGAUGACGGAGAUGCUGGAUCCCAGGGAAGCUGUGAUCAUUGUCCACCCCCUCGCACUGCUCCAGGAUAUUGA